UCCAGUAAUCCUAUUCCUAUUAUCUAGUAAGGGAAAAUAAUCAGUAAGAGAUGAGUUCAACUAACUUCUGUUGGUUAAUCAGUAGCAAAAAUUCAUCUUCUUUAUCAUCUUUCCGACGCUCUCAAUCAUCUCCGUACCAAACAUGUCCUUCAAAUUCUACAAGUUGGGUAAAAACCCAUCAACAUAAAAAACCCAAGAAUUGCAUUAUAGUGAAAUCCCUUCAAGUUCAUGGAGUGGAUGAGUUUCUCUCUCCUCUUCCUCUUCCUACAAUUGAACCAGAAACUGUAGAAAUUGAACAAGAAUUGAGCGAUUUUGAGGAGGAAAUCGAAGACCCAAUUUCUAUUUCUUCAAGAGAGAGACAAGAGGAAGAAGAAGAGGAGGAAGAUAGACGCUUUAAGCUUAGAAAUGGAAAAGAGGUUCUUGCGGAAAGAGCUUAUCUUGUGGGUGUAGAGCAAAAGGGUGUUAAAGUUAACUCUUUUGGAAUAGAGGAGUCUCUGAAAGAAUUGGAGCAACUGGCUGAUACAGCAGGGCUUCAAGUUGUUGGCUCUACUUAUCAAAAGCUUGCUGCUCCAAAUCCAAGAACAUACAUUGGCUCUGGCAAGGUUUCUGAGAUCAAGAGUGCAAUUCAUGCAUUGGAUGUUGAAACGGUGUUAUUUGAUGACGAGCUUUCACCUGGGCAAUUGCGUAAUUUGGAGAAAAUAUUUGGAGGAGAUGUUAGAGUCUGUGACAGGACUGCACUUAUUUUGGAUAUCUUUAACCAGAGAGCAGCGACACAUGAAGCUGCUUUACAGGUUGCACUGGCUCAAAUGGAAUACCAAUUACCUCGCUUGACAAAAAUGUGGAAUCAUUUGGAGCGUCAAGCAGGAGGCAAGGUGAAAGGUAUGGGUGAGAAACAAAUUGAAGUGGACAAGCGUAUUCUAAGAGACCAAAUUGGUGUUCUGAAAAAAGAACUGGAAUCUGUUAGACGUCAUCGGAAGCUGUAUCGAAAUCGUCGUGUCUCAGUCCCUAUUCCAGUUGUAUCUUUAGUAGGAUAUACAAAUGCUGGGAAGAGUACAUUGUUAAACCAAUUGACUGGAGCUAAUGUGCUUGCUGAGGAUCGAUUGUUUGCUACACUUGAUCCAACAACCAGAAGGGUACAGAUGAAGAAUGGGAAGGAGUUUCUACUAACGGAUACUGUAGGAUUCAUUCAAAAGUUACCAACUAUGUUGGUUGCUGCCUUUAGAGCCACUCUGGAGGAAAUAGCGGAAUCGUCACUUUUGGUACAUGUGGUUGACAUUAGUCAUCCUUUGGCUGAGCAACAAAUUGAUGCUGUGGAUGAAGUCCUGUCAGAAUUGGAUGUUUCGUCAAUACCAAUAUUAAUGGUUUGGAACAAGGUUGAUAAGGUGAGUGAUCCAGAGAAAAUUAAGGCAGAAGCGGAAAGACGAGGAGAUGUUGUCUGUUUAUCAGCUUUGAGUGGUGAUGGACUGGAUGAUUUUUGCAAGGCAAUUCGGGAAAAAUUGAAGGACUCUAUGGUGUGGAUUGAGGCAUUGGUUCCAUUUGACAAAGGAGAACUUCUCAGUAGCAUCCACCAACUUGGAAUGGUAGAAAGAACUGAUUACACAGAGAACGGGACAUUGAUCAAAGCAUUUGUGCCACUUCGCCUAGCAAGGCUCCUUACUCCGAUGAGACAGUUGUGUGUAUAAUCGUAGAUUCAGUAGAUAUGUGACCUGGAACUCGACCUCCCAGAUUUUACACAUUUUCUUCAACAGGAAUAUUAUGUUAAACAGGAGCUGUAACGAUCAACGAGGGAACGCAACGCUUCACUUCUGUACAUAGUUUCAUCUGCAUUCUUCAGUGUACAUAGUCUUGAAAUCAUGUUUUGUAACAUAGUUGGUCUGUUAUUAGACCGUCUGGCACAAUUAAACCACAAACUUUUUUCUUAUGUAUCUUAGUUUACGUUUAUGAUGUUUUAAGUAUAUUUGCAUUACUUUUAAACUUGGUUCCGAGGGUUUUUUAUAUAAAUUUUUCAUAGGUUAAA